AUGCCAACUGUUGCUUCAUUGAAAGGAGUGAGAACGAAGUACAGAAAAGUGGUGAUAACUGAGCUUCAAAAAGCAAACGACCUUCUGAAAAGUGAGGUGAGUGCAGUGUCAGAAAUUGAGUUUUUAAAAGAUGUUCAAAAGUGUAAAAGUCUAUUGAAAUCCUAUUCUGAGAAAUUGAUGAGUCAAAUGGAUAAACUAUCAGAACGUUUAACUAAAAGUGAUUCGGAAUAUUUGCAACAGAUUGUAGAUGAGGAUUGCAAUUUGAAUUUCGAGGUAGAAAAUUGUAUCAUUGAUUUAGACCAAUUUUGUGAGUCAACUGUACCAUUGAAACAUGAUGAGAAAGAAAAAGAGACAUAUCAAGAACAAAUGCAAAAGAUGAUGAUGACACAAAUUGAACAGCAACAUCAAAUGAUGGUGCAGAUGCAAACGGACAGAAAAAAUACAAGUGCAGUUAAAUUACCAAAACUUGAUUUGGACAUGUUUUACGGAAACAAAAUAAACUGGUGGGAAUUUUGGGACUCUUUUGAAUCCAUUGUGCACAGAAACACCAAACUAUCCAACAUAGAAAAGUUUAACUAUUUGCUAAGCAAACUAAGCGGAGAAGCGAAGAGAGCAUUAGCUGGACUUGCGCGUACCAACGACAAUUAUUCUAUUGCAGUCGGAAUUCUCCGAGAGAGGUACGGCAACAAACAAGAGAUUAUUGAUCUUCAUUACAAAGAAAUGGUUAAUGUUCAUUCACCAACUACAAAGGUUGAAAGCCUGCGAUUUUUUUUGGAUUAA